AUGUCUUGCUCAUCAUCGUCCGCAUCCGAUGAGGAUGAGGAGGGAAUCGAUUCUUACAGGAAAGGUGGUUAUCACGCUGUUCGAAUCGGCGAUCCUUUCAACAGAGGCCGUUACAUCGCCCAACGAAAGCUUGGCUGGGGCCAGUUUUCCACUGUCUGGCUUGCUUACGAUACUCAAUCAUCUAACUAUGUUGCUCUAAAGAUCCAGAAAAGUGCGACACAAUUUGCACAAGCGGCCCUGCACGAGAUUGAAGUUCUUUCAGUUAUAGUCAACGGUGAUCCCUCUAAUACCAAGUGUGUUGUCAGGUUGAUUGAUCACUUCAAGCAUUCUGGUCCAAAUGGGCAGCAUCAAUGCAUGGUUCUUGAGUUUCUUGGUGAUAGCUUGCUUAGGCUGAUCAAGCAUAACCGUUACAAGGGCCUUCACUUGAAUAAAGUUAGAGAAAUUUGCAAAUGUAUUCUUAUAGGUUUGGAUUACCUGCAUAGAGAACUUGGGUUAAUCCAUACUGACCUCAAACCUGAAAAUAUUCUUCUUUUCUCCACCAUUGACCCAGCAAAAGAUCCAGUUAAAUCUGGGUUAUCCCCGAUUCUUGAGAGACCUGAGGGUAACCUUAAUGGUGGAUCUACUAUGAAUAUCAUCGAGAAGAAGUUGAAAAGUAGGGCCAAAAGGGCAGUUGCCAAAAUAUCUGGGGGAAGAACUUCAAUGGGAGGUCCCACACAAAAGCCCGAGAGAAACUUGGAUGGGGUUGAUUUGAGGUGCAAGGUUGUAGAUUUUGGAAAUGCAUGCUGGAAUGCUAAGCCAUUUGCCGAAGAAAUCCAAACACGACAGUAUAGAGCUCCUGAAGUCAUUCUGAGAUCUGGUUAUUCAUAUUCUACUGAUAUGUGGUCAUUUGCUUGCACUGCUUUCGAGCUUGCAACUGGUGACAUGUUGUUUGCUCCGAAGGGAAGUCAGAGCUUUUGUGAGGAUGAGGAUCACCUUGCUCUGAUGAUGGAACUUCUUGGGAAGAUGCCUCGAAAGAUAGCAACUGGAGGAGCAAGAUCUAAGGACUUGUUUGACAGGCAUGGAGACCUAAAGAGGAUAAGGAGGCUAAAGUAUUGGCCUCUGAACCGAUUAUUGAUUGAUAGGUACAAAUUCUCUGACGAUGAAGCUCGCGAAUUUUCAGAUUUUCUAUGUCCUCUUCUUGAAUUUGCACCAGAAAAGCGACCGACUGCUCAACAGUGCCUCCAACAUCCAUGGAUCAACCACACAGUAUCUACCAAUGUCAGCAUGAAAAAUAAAGGUGUUGCUAUGGAGAAGUUGGAAAAAGGGGUGAGUAGCCUCCAUAUGAGGGUGGGAAAGUAG